UCUCGUUCAACUGCUUCUGGGACUCGAUGUCGCAACCUGAAGAGUUCGACCAUUGCUCGAGCGAUGCUGUCACACGAGAAUGGAGACGGACCACGAGCCGCUCUAAUCGUCUAAACCUCCUCUAACCCCCGAGGCUAGUUCUGAAUAGUUCGAUCUCCGGCAGUGCAGGUGGACUGUCCAGGAGGACUUGACGUGAAAUUCUUUACGCUUGGUGCGCAAAGACCGAUUUUUGCAGGUCUGAGAGCAUCGUGUUCACGGAGUCGGCUGAUGAUCACGUCGCGUGGGCUUCGAAGAGCGAGCUGAAUGCUUGGAAAUUUGUUCUGUUAAAUUAUGGCUCAGGAGCCUUGUAGAUGUGAGAGGACCACGUGGGACACAUUUCCUGGAUAUCAUAAUAGCAUGAAGACUGCCCUCCUUGCUAUCUGUUUCCAUUAGUAUACAAUUGCGAGCGGCAUUGACCUUCAGCAUCUGAGAAUUUCAACGCAAACAUCGGUAAGAAGCUGAUAAGUCAUGAGAGCGUUGGAUCGAAGCUGACCAGAGGCGUUUUCGCGCAAGGACUGCCAGUGGUUAGAAAACUUCCCUUUGCUUCACUUUGUCUUCAAGUGCGCAUGAACGAGUCACUCAUGGUGCACUCUUCUGCGUACGGAACGAGUCAGGUUGAUGGGUAGCUGGAUUGGGAGAAAACCGUGUGGGUGAUGUGAACUAAAAGCUCAAGAGAAUAUUCAAUGUUUCAAGUGCUCGCCCUAGGAGGACUCUGUAGAUGCUUUGAUUCGUAACGACAGCCGAAUUCAAGCUUCGUUUACGACGAGGCGCAUUUUAUAUUUGCCUCCUGUCAGAUUCGGAAAAUGCAGCAGCCUAGUCCAGCAUUGUCGUCGCCUUCAACUGGAUUCCUUGGUCCAAGGGUUUCUCCUUUGUUUAGCUCUACGGUAGAGCAGUCAUCAGAUGGAGGGGUUGCCGUCAGUAGCACCGAUGUUCUUCGACCGUCCACAGCGGUCGCCCUUUCUACUCAGGAUCAAGGGAAGCAGGCUCCUCCUAAGAAACUGUCUCAGGCCAUGGAAGGCUUGCAACGGGCUCAUCGCCACAUAGCCGACAUUCGCUCAGGAGCUGAUCUGCUCUUGGAAGCUUUGGAAAUUGCUGUCAAUCGGCGAACAAAGGAGACUCCUGGAAAGAAAGCUAGUGAUGGAGUCGCUUCCGCUGUCGAAACUUUGAGGAACGCUUUGGAUGCCCUCCGAGCCACAGCGAGAGAUCUGGAAAGUUCCGGCAUCUUGAAAGGUGCUUCACAACGCCAUGAAGAAAAUCAGCCCUGGGGUUUACAACCACCGUCAGUUUGUCCUGAUGGUCAUGUCACUCCCUACGCAUGGAAGCGUCAGAUUGCAGGUCAAGCCGCAGCCUCCGCGGUAGAACGCACAAGGUUGGCACUGAAAUCUUUUGGUGAACAGAAAAAACACUUGUUUCUUGGUGUGGGUGAUGAUCAUCGCUCUAAGAAACCUCGGACAGGAACAUUCCGUGCAUCGGCUGACGAUUUGUCUCUCACUGAUAUCCUGAGGAAAGUGCAGACCGAUGCUUCUGGAAUGGUUGUUACCCCUUACGCUCGAUUGGAGUGGGCAAAACGAACGUCUUGUGUAAAUAUCUCCAAGGUUGCGACCGAUCCUGGACAAGCCUUGGCCUAUCUUCCUCCCCAGAUCAAUAAUGCAAAGGUUGAACCUGGGACACAAUCGACGCUUCCUGUUGUAGAUACACCACCACGGCCAGUUGAAAAGCUGGCUGUCCUUGAGGUUUCUAUACCUGGUGUGCUGAGGGCCAUUAUCUCCUUGCAGCCAACUGGAUCAGCUUAUCCAGAUGCAAUCGCUGUAUUUUCACAUGAUGAGAAUGGAGGCUACGUGCACGCUUGGGGCAAGUCGAUACAUAAGCUUCACCAAAGAAUCUCUGAGCACGGCGUCAACGCAUUACAUCACUUUCGGCGAAACUUUCAGUCGACAUGCCUCCAGCAUCUUUUGCAUUGGUUAUAUACCUACCGAUCUUUGUUCCUUGAGCCUUGCAAGGAGUGCAAGCGGAUGACUGCCUUGGAUUCUCCGUCAGAUCUUUUGCUUCCACCUCUAGUCCGACUCUAUCAUCACCUUUCGCUUCCUCAAACAGGAAAAUCUGAAAACAGCAAAGUAACUUAUGAAUUGGCACCCUAUCACAUCGCCUGUGUACCAAAGAAAGAAUUGGAAUGCCCGUGAACGUCAUCACCCUUAGUAUGAGUGAAGAGCCAGCCAUAUUUGAAAGACAGGUUCAUGACCCCUUGUGGCCAGUUUCCUGUGUGGAAUGUCUGAAAGUACCGAGCUGAAGGCCCCCGUACUCGCUCUUGGUACAGAUUUGCUGUCUUCCGGCACGUUUUGAAUACUGUCUACAAGUGGAAUCGACCUUGACCUGAGGCGGGUGUAUGUAGGCGAGAAGCCUUUGUAGAAUAUUAGGUCCUAGUAUUCAAAAGAUGUAGAUCAAAGCUGUUGAACUCAUUAAUCAAAUUUUAACAUCAAUUACAAUCCUUGUAGAUGCUGGAAGUCUACUUUGGACACUCUGAAGACAUGGGACUGAACAUCACGAAAGAAGGGAUCACAAGAAGUUUUGGACACAGAAGAUGAGGAUUAGAGUCGACUAUCAUCCUUCAUAGCGUUCCCUUACGUUUUGGCGCUGUACGAAGCAAUCCGAUAUCGCAAUAGGCGAGACUAUGAAUACAAGGUUGGAGAGCAUCUGAUCUUUAACGUCCGAACAAACUCCUCGGAUUCUUAAUCCGGACCGAACUGGGAACCAUCCUUGAUUUCCCUCAUGUCUAUAGGAACGAAGACAACCUCCCCAGUUCACGUGGAAAUUAGCAUAUGAAUCUGACGUACAUGAGUUCCUGCCUCAGCGGCUGUAUGGACAGUGCGUACAACAGGGAUACACUGGAAUUAGAUGUUUCGUUAGUCCUUUGGUUUGUAUGAAACCAGCGGGCAGUUGUCUGCUUCAACCAAGGUCACUUUACUAUGCUUGUCAUUGUUCCAG